CCUCUGAAAGGUGGUUCAUUCUGACGCCAUAUUGUAUAACCGUGGGUCAGAUUCCUUGAAACAUCCCUUUUUGCUGACGACCAUAGAGUUUGAGUUGCUUUUGCGGCAAGUUCGAAUGCACUUCCUCACAAUAUGGGCCGUGAGUUAGAGCUUAUCAUAAUGUUUGAAUACUCUACCCACAAGUUUCCUUGUGCCACGCUGGUCGCUUGGCUGCGAUUUUCUGACUCGGGUGGGAGAAAAGUCAGUCCGGAGAGCAUUUACUGAGAUGCAUGGAAGGCAGUUGUCCAAAAUCCACCAGAAGGUGACUGCAAAGUUGGCAUCUGGUCAAUUAGUAGGGAGGUGAGUUUGCUGGUGAGGUAAAGCAAACCCGAUUUAGCUACACCAACUCCACUCCUGUCUGCGAAUCGGUUUCGCUGGUAAUGCUAGUGCGUUUUCCCAGUGUGAGGUCACUUUUUUCGCACGAUUAUGGCACCCACUUGGCAUGAGUUUGAUCGGCAGUUUGAGAACUGCCAAAUUGAUUAAACGAAGAUGAAGGUGGCUGUGUGGAGGUGGUCAAGGUCCACGGUAUGAGAUACUAAUCAACGAGGACCUGUUACUGCUACUUUCUCCGUUGCUGUCGCGACGUUGUUGCCUGUAGCUUCCUCGUAUUCCACCACUUCGACCAGGGCCACAAUUGUUUGACCUUGAGCGGUCGAGUAGCAAGAUUGUUACACCAUCAUUGUGAAGAACCGUGCUGUUCCGAAAUGGCUGGUUAGUAUGCAGCUACUAGCCCGAGAGCUCCGUUUCUACUAACCCUGUCAUGGUCUUCGGUAAACACAGUGAGAAUGCGGUAUUAUCACUGCGUAUUGCAGGAUAUUGCAGGAUACAAACGCUUCUCACGUACAUCAACUACAUUCAGAAAUGACUUUCGAUGCGUGAUCCGACUAGCUUUCGUCAGAUUUCAAUAAACUAACCGUGCAAACGUAGACAGUCGGCCGAUGCUGUGGCUACUGCUGAGCCAAUUGGGUCUGAUGCUGGAGUGGCGCAACGAGUUUGAACAAUUUCUUUGUGGAUCGUCAACGUUGAGAGAGCUGCACGCUCAGACACACACUAUAGUCAGUCGGUCGAACCGCAAGAGAUCUUUAAUCGACCUCUCCCGCAAGACGAAACAAUUCAAACCUAUUUGCUUAGUAUGAACUCUCAGCCAUUUUUGAUUCAUUUGCAAGUUUUUGACCGAAGUUUCGAUCCGGUUUUCGAGACGUCCGUGAGGCUUUGUCAGCGAUGGAACCUGAAGACCAAGAAAAUGAGAUCGUAGUUGAAGGGAGCAUUCCAGAUUACCAUGGACACAACUUCGGGCUAAAAAGUAGUGACUUCAAGGAAUCCAGACGCAACAACGCUGGGCUGUGCGCGUUUGCUUCCGUCCAUUUAAGCAUGUCCUUGUGCACCGUUGGAAGCUGGCUCCUGUUUCUUUGCCUACUUGGCUCGAUUCUGCCUCAGAUUUCAUUUGCUCUCAAAGUUGUGGGUUCACCCCGAGCGGAUGAUAGAGGGAUGCAACCAGUUGCGAGAAGAAAUUUGAGCUUCAGCAGCUUAAGGCGAUAUCACCUUCGAAGAGAAUUAGAACCAUUCAACAUCUCUGUGGGACUGAGCUGGGACGAAUCCAUUCUCCUUUCGUGGCGAAACAGCAGCAAUGACCUUAAAGCAUUAUGGAUAGAAAAUCAAGAUUCUGGUCCGUGUGACUGGCGCGGAGUGACCUGCGGCUAUUGGCGAGGAGAGACUAGAGUUACAGGUGUAAACGUCGCCUCUCUUAACUUCACUGGAGCAAUCCCCAAGCGAAUCAGCACCCUUGCGGCGCUCAAUUCGCUCUCCUUCGCUUCCAACAAACUCAGCGGUAGCAUACCACCCGAUAUUGGAAGCUGCGUCAAUCUCAAGGAGUUAAACCUUACAGACAACCUGCUCACGGGGCAUAUCCCAGUUGAGCUCGGACGACUUGUGCAGCUACAGAGCUUGGAUAUAUCCCGGAACCGCCUCAAUGGGACUGUUCCACCUGAGCUUUUCAAGAAUUGUAGUAACCUCGUCACCUUCAACAUUUCAUCGAACAAUCUCACUGGUGCGCUUCCGACCGGGCUUGUCGAUUGCGCAAGCUUACGAAUCGUGGACGUUGGCAACAAUACUCUUCAGGGACAGAUUCCUUCAUCGUGGGAACGGCUAUCUAAUCUCGAGGAGCUCAUCAUGGCAGACAACCUUGAAUUAAAUGGGACGAUUCCUCUCUCUCUUCUCUCCAACUGUCAAUCCCUGAGAAAGCUAGACAUGGCAUGGAAUAGGUUCCGGGGACCUCUUCCGUCACAACUCGGCAACUGCAGUAACUUGGAGAUGUUGAUCUUGCAAGGGAAUAAAUUCGAUGGGUUGAUUCCACGUGAGCUCGGAAAUCUCAAGAAGCUGAAGGUGCUCGGUCUAGGGAACAACAACUUGAGUGGUGAGUUGCCGCAAAACAUCAGCCAGUGCAGCUCCUUGGAGCUUUUGGAUGUGGGCAACAACGCCUUCACAGGUGCAAUCCCACCAUGGUUAGGUCAACUGGCAAACCUUCAGUUCGUGACGUUCCAAAUCAACAAAUUUUCGGGGACGAUUCCCGUGGAGGUGACAACACUGACAAUGCUGCGCUACAUUGAUUUUAGCAACAACUCUCUCCACGGCAGCGUCUUGCCCGAGUUUAGUCGGGUGGAUAGCCUGCGACUCCUACGCCUGUCGUUCAACAAUCUGACGGGAAACAUCCCAGAAGAGCUCGGGUACAUGUACAGGCUUCAGGGCUUGGAUCUGUCAUCGAAUUUUCUCAAUGGAUCCAUCCCAAAGAGCUUCGGCAACCUGCAGGACCUCCUGUGGUUGCAGCUCGGAAAUAACUCUUUGACGGGAAAAAUCCCGCAAGAGCUUACCAACUGCUCCAGUUUGAUGUGGCUCAACUUGGGACACAAUUAUCUGAGAGGUCAAAUCCCUCACAGCUUCAGCAAAUUAGGGUGGGACUCGGAACGAGUAUUUCGCCAAAACGAACAGAAUCCAUGGAUUCUGGAUGGAGUGGGAGAAUGUUCCAUACUGGCAACAUGGGCACCGGGGCGAUCCCAGCACUUCGAAUCGCUAUUCGACAUUUCGGACACUCAGAAAUGUCACGUUUGGUUGCCGCUGCUCGUCCGCGGUGGCUUUAAGCUCCGCAGCGAUAGAAUCACUGGGAAUAGCAAGGUGCUCAGUUAUUGGCAACUGGGGAAGAACUGCCUUAAUGGUGCAUUUCCCGAUGUCAAAAACGCUUCAUCUUUGGGGUUCCUCAUCCUCUCUGAAAACAGAUUGAAAGGCCCAAUUCCCAGGGAAAUCGGCAAUCUCCCGCUUUACAACCUCAAUAUAUCGCAUAAUUACUUGAACGGGUCCAUUCCAGAAACAUUAGGCGACGCUUCCUUGCUGAUAACCCUAGACAUGUCGAACAAUAGCCUCUCCGGCCCGCUGCCGCUGUCUCUCGGCAAACUGACCGCCCUCUCGGUGUUCAACGUAUCCUACAACUCACAAUUGAGGGGGGCGAUUCCAACCGAGGGACAGCUCUUGACUUUUGGGUGGGAUUCUUUCAUCGGCGACUACAAUCUCUGCUUGAACGACGCCGAUCCUUUGUAUAAGCAAGCCUCGAACAAUUUGAGUCAGUCGUCUGCAAAUGCACCAAAGUUAUGUAGCCAAAUGUACAGCGCAGUUUCUAGCGAAGAGGAGAGGCGAUCUUCGAAGAAGAAGAAACUCGCAGUCGAAAUUACUGUAAUGAUCCUUACGAGCGCAUUGUCGGCGCUUCUGUUGCUGAGUUCCGUAUAUUGCAUGGUGACGAAAUGGAGGAAGCGCAUGGCCACAACGAAGGAGGGUAUGGAUCCCUACUGGGGUGAUUUUGGCUCAGGGAAGUCGCACAGGUCAGCAGCAGACAGCAAGAGCAGCUUCCACUCCCCGGUCGAAUCCUAUGUGAAUUUUCCCUGUUUGAAAUCCUUAACAUAUGCGCAACUGGUGCAUUGCACAGGCAAUUUUAGUCCGGAAAACAUAGUUGGAGAUGGUGGGUUUGGAAUUGUGUAUAAAGCAAAGUUGGGAGAUGGGACGACGGUGGCAAUCAAGAAGCUGGUGCAAAACGGCGCUCAAGGCCUUCGUGAGUUCCGAGCUGAGAUGGAUACGCUCGGCAUGAUUCAGCACGAGAACCUCGUCUCCUUGCUGGGGUAUUGCUGCAACAACGACGACUUGCUCCUGGUUUACGAGUAUUUCGUGAACGGGAGCUUGGACGACUGGUUGUACGAAAGCGAAGAGAAAGCUGCCCGCCUCGGCUGGUCGCUGCGUCUGCGUAUCGCUUUGGAAACAGCUCGUGGACUCGCGUUUCUACACCACGAGUGCGUACACCUCAUCAUUCACCGUGACAUGAAGUCCAGCAACAUCCUGCUCAACGAAAAUUUUAAGGCCGUCCUAACUGAUUUCGGCAUGGCGCGCAUCAUGGACAUUGGCUCCACACAUGUGAGCACCAUCGUGGCCGGCACACCGGGGUAUGUGCCCCCAGAAUACUCCCAAACGUGGAGGGCAACCACCAAGGGCGAUGUGUACAGCUUCGGCGUCGUCAUGCUGGAGCUUGUCUCUGGGAAGCGACCCACGGGACCGCACUUCAACGGCCACUGCGGCGCUAACCUGAUCGAAAUGGCGAGGAUUCUUGUUACCAGCGGCAGACCCAACGAGGUCUGCGAUGCGAAAUUACUUGAAUCAAGCGCACCGCACGGACUCUCACUGUUUUUGGCGCUUGCCAUGAGGUGCACCGAAACCUCCCCAACGUCGAGGCCCACGAUGCUUGAGGUUGUAAAAACGCUAGAAUUCAUUUGUAAAAUACAAGGUUCUGCAACGGCUUCACAGCGAGAUGUGGAUCCACUGGAUCCGCUGACGCUGUGACGAUCGAUACAUGACUCAUAACAGAUGCUGGUUGACGAAUGCUUGUUUCUCGACCAGGCUCAUAGGAAUUUGUAUUCAACGUAGAGAUGAGUGAUCGCGAGCAAGCUAGAUGUAAAUUGUAGCGAUUCGUGAUUCUAAUUUAGCAGCUAGCUUGGUCUUGAGCAGGCCAGAUUUUGUAGAAGUGGAAAUCCAAUUGCUUUAGUGUACAAACUUCUGAUCCAUCGAGUCCAUCUGAUCAAACCUGGGGAAUACAGCUUAUCUCUAUGAGCAUUGUGUAACGUGCAAUUCGUCAGACGCGUUGCUACGGCGGAAGUAAAAUGAAACCUGAAGGGAACACUGACAUGAAUGGAUCACACAAAUUGACGGAUGGCACACUUGCAGAACACUGAUGGAAUUUUGUGCACUGGUCGAGUUUACACUCGCGCAAGCGCAUGAUUCUGAAGAGCAUCUGGUUAAGGGUUUAGGGUUUGAAAUCUGAGGCAUUUUUGUUAUGUUAGUGUUCCAAGUGACAUUCAUUUUGGGGUGGAUAGAGGGAUAUAGACACUAUUGCUUAAGUUAGAAUUUAGGUCUUUGGACCAAAAUCAUAAGAGCUAAGUGAAGAACUUGCUAAGAAAUGUUCAUGUUUGUAAUCUUUGCUUGUGAUUGCUAGAAGGUGGAAUAAAUAGAGAAAAAAAUUGGGUCUUGUAGUUUAGUGUUUAUUGUGAAUUAAUGUAUGCAAGGAGCUUCAAAAUUA